UCUGCGGGAAAAGCCACAUUAAGCAGCGCCAGCUCGCCCUCACCACUGUCAUUUCUCUUAUUUUCCUGAAGUAUUGAGGUCAUAGUUGCAUUCAUAUUUUGACCAAUGCGUUUUUCCACCCUUCCUGUGCGUUUUCCGUGAGUAUUUGUUCCUUAUUUUCCCGAUUAGAGAUGAUAUGAAUGUCAGCCGGUCAAGGUCCACUCUCUCCAUGCAGUCUGCGCCUGCCUCUAGUGGGAAACAUCUGUCGCAGGCUUUCGGAUGAUUUUUGCGCUCCCUCCACGCCUCUACUGACCACUGACCCUCUGAAAUCGCGUUUUUGAAAUGCCAUGCUGCAGUAAGACGGAAAAACAACCCGGGGAAUUGCACGGAUUAAAUAAACUGAUGAUGUGACUGCGACACUACUACGCGAGGAAAAUGGUCCACAGCCUUGUUUUUGCGCACGCUGUUUCACUAUUAUUAACUGGACUCUUUGUUUUCACGUAAUUGUCAUUUGAAUCUUGAGGACAUUGUUGUAUUUCCUGAACUCUCCCCCUCGUUUUCCUGCGGUACUGGGCUGCGCUCUCCUCCAGAUCCCUCUCUCUGAAGCAGCAUCAUGUCGGCGGUGAUGAUAACGAGGAAGGUGCGCAAAUGGGAGAAGCUGCCGGGCAAGAACACCUUCUGCUGCGACGGCAGGGUGAUGAUGGCCCGGCAGAAAGGAGUCUUCUACCUGACCCUGUUCCUCAUCGUGGGGACCUGCGCGUUAUUCUUCGCUUUUGAGUGUCCGUACCUGGCUGUCCAUUUGUCCCCUGCUAUCCCAGUGUUCGCAGCUGUCCUCUUCCUCUUUGUCAUGGCCAUGCUGCUGAGGACCAGCUUCAGUGACCCUGGGGUGCUGCCUCGAGCCCUCCCAGAUGAAGCCACCUUCAUUGAGAUGGAGAUAGAGGCGGCCAAUGGAAACGUGCCACCCGGCCAACGCGCCCCACCAAGGAUCCGCAACGUGCAAAUCAACAACCAGAUUGUCAAACUCAAAUACUGCUACACUUGCAAGAUCUUCAGACCCCCACGGGCCUCGCACUGCAGCAUCUGUGACAACUGCGUCGACCGCUUUGAUCACCACUGUCCCUGGGUGGGCAACUGUGUGGGCAAGAGGAACUACAGAUACUUCUACCUGUUCACACUCUCCCUGUCCCUGCUCACCAUCUAUAUCUUCACUUUUGACAUUGUCCACGUGGCCAUGCGCUCUGUGGUCAGUGGCUUUCUGAACACACUGAAGGAAACACCUGGAACUGUCAUCGAGCUGUUGGUGUGUUUCUUCACCUUGUGGUCAGUAGUGGGACUGACGGGCUUCCACACUUACCUGAUCUCUUUGAACCAAACCACCAACGAAGACAUCAAAGGGUCAUGGUCAGGGAAGAAUCGUGUCCAGAAUCCAUACAGUCACAAGAACAUCAUCAAAAACUGCUGUGAGGUGCUCUGUGGGCCCACAUAUCCCAGUGUGUUGGACAGAAGAGGUCUGAUGCAGGACGAUUUGGCUGCUCUUCACUCUGCUAACAACGACACUGCACCACAAACUACGAAAACCACAGCUCCACUCAUUCCAAAUGAGCACACUCCUGACGAAGCCAAGGCCAGUGCUGUCUCAGCAGCAGAGAAGAGCCACUCUCCCAAAGAGGAGCAACCGCCCACCGCCAAAUUGCCCCCACUGGCCUCCCCGGAGACUGAUGCCGAGACAUCCAUCGCCAAGGACAAGCCCCACUAACUCUAUCAGGGGGCGGAGUCUGUGUCCUUGCCCCGCCUCCUCCAGCAUCUUGCACACUCAGGAAAUAAACAGUUGAACAAUUGGUGUGCGCAUCACUCAAUCACUCGACCACAAGAGUUACUGCAGCGGGCAUCUUCCUACAGAGACCUCUGAAUCAAAUAUGAACUCUUAUGGAAAGAUGGAGGACAUAAUGGAACGUCAGCUGUGUCCUGUUUCCUAACACUGCAUGGAUAAGACAAUGCUGGAUACAACAAAAAUAUGUCCUCCUUUGGGACAGCCCAUUUGACUGUUGUCAUUAUUUAAAAUUGCAUAGUAAUGUGUAUUGUGAAAGUAUAAUCGAGCCAUUGGCAAAGUUGUUUUUUUUUGUUGGUGCACAUAUUACAUGCUCUAUGCAAAUCACAAGGAAGCUGAGUGUGGUAAGUUCAUAAUGAUGUCCAGCAGGGGGCUUUUUAUGUUAUUGCUGCAAUCAGUGCUGUCAUGAACUGAUCAAAACAGUCCUUCCAUUUUGAUACUUUCCAUACAGUUCCAUGAAAAAUAUCAAAUCAGGUGAUCAUUGGAGUGUGAGUUAUUGAAUGAUGGCAGACACUUAAAACAGUGCCUUAUUGCUGCAGUUGUAUUGUACAAUGCAACUGAGAUCCACCACCUGUUCAUCACUUAAAUAUCAGUGUUCAGUCAGUAUAAAUUAUUAUACAGACAAACAUUAUACAGUUUAGUCCAGUGGCUCCUCUGGCGUAUUAUAAAAUAGAACUGGCAAAUAUCAUCUUGUUGGAGUCAGUUAAACAUCUGUGUUUCUCUAGGAGUAAUUGAAUAUCGUAAUGUUCAAAUUGACCCAGUGACGCCAAAAUCUUGUCUGCUCUCUGUGGUUACUGCUGCUGAGAACCACUGAUCUAGACUAAACAAUGCAAAAACAUAGCCAUUGUUAAAUUGUACAUAGUUUAUAAAGUUGUAGUAGUCUUCGGCCAAUGAGUGGUGAAACUGAUAGGCGCAUGUUUUGAUAUAUUUACAGCCAGUGUUAGUUAUGAUGUGCACUUCCGUCUGAAGAUCUUCCUGACAGAGCUCUGUCUCUUCAUCCAUGUCUUUCACAUCUCACUCAGCCCCUUCUACAGUUAUGGAAGUUAUCAUUUAGUUCACGGCAGAGCAGCUGGACACUAUGGCAGAGAAGACUAUAGCGUUUGGAUUCACACUGAGAUAAACAAGAGACAGAGAAGCCACUUCUUAGACUAUAAAGAUAUUAGCUGGUAGAGAGAGUUUGUAUUAGUGCCUGUGUUUUGUAUGCAAGACAGUUCUUGUGAAAUAUAAUAUCAAGUAGAAACCCAGUGUGUCAAUAGUAUUGCGUCAGUUUCAAAAACACCCAAAGAUUUCGCAAAUUGAAACUUCUUCAAAAUUGAAAAAAAAUUUAAUUUCCAACUAACCAGAAAGAAAAUUAGGAAUUUACCAAGUAUUUAGCUAUGCUAUAUGUAAAUAAGUAUUUAUACAGUUAAUGAUUGUAGAGUGAUGACCGGGGCUGUAUCUGAAUGGACACUGACGACUAGUUAAAGGCAAAUGGCUCCCAAGCAAAUAUUAAUAAUGUAUUUAUUUUAAUAGUGUUUUCUUUUGUGUGUAGAUGCUUGUCAUUGGUCAUUUUAGACAAAAUGUCACUCUACAUUCACUGAUCAAGUUUACUUUUUCUGUGUUCAGUUUUAGCUGAUAGACUUUUAACCAAUUUCUUUUCAAAUAUACUGUAAAUUUUUCACAAGUUUGUGUGAUGUCAAGAAAUGUAACACAUUUGAAUAUAACUGUUCACUAAAGUACCCAAACCAGUCCGUACCUAAACAAGAAUGUAACAGAUGCUGUUAAAGGGAUAUUUUGGAGCACAUUUAAAGGGAUUGGUAAAAGGUUGCGUAGUACCGCCAUGAUGUAAACAAAUCUGAAUGCUCUGAAAUCAUGUUGAUGGAACUCUCCACCUUCAGUAUCAACACUGUGAUUCUGUGUACUUCAUCCAAUUAAAUUCACUUCUUUUACAUUA